AUUUAAACCUCUGUUCCUCCGCAUCAAACAGGCUGACUCGAAGAGAGGAGGAAAGAAAGAGACUGAGAGAGAGAAGAAGAAGAAGAUCCUGGCCGCCAGACGCAAGCAGCUGAACAUCGACCAUCUGAACGAAGACAAGCUCAAGGAUAAGAUCACUGAGCUGCACGAAUGGAUGACAUCACUGGAGUCUGACAAGUUCGAUCACAUGGAGAGACUGAAGAGGCAGAAGUACGAGGUCACCACCCUGCGUAAGAGAGUUGAAGAGCUCAGUAAAUUGUAAGUAGAGCUGCAGCGACGCUCUGCCUGCAGCUUGGGGCUCGCUGCAUGUUAGCAUG